UUUCAGUGUCGAACACGUGUACUGCACUGUCCUUCAUUCACACCAUAAUUUGUUUCAUUCAGUCAUAGUUGCACAUUGUAGAGAUUUUAACAAAGUUAAAUUUCCAAUAUGGUAGGAGAGGUUGUUGUUGUUGAGCGGAUUGUUGUCAUGUCCCCGCAGUGCCUGUAGUGGUGCUGUGAGGAGUCUGCUGUGGAUCCAACAAAUGUCCUCAGCAGCCUACCUACGGCUUGUAAUUUGCGCUGGGUAGCCUAUAUUUACAUGGGUCCAUAUUUCAAGAAAAUUCGAGCUCGAUGAAGACCGCCGUUACUAUCCUACCUGGAAUAUCGAUGGCCGAGUAGCCUAGCUGAUUCUAAUAGACAUUUCGGCCGUCUAUCUGGAGCGAAUAUCGUGCACAGCCCAAACCCAUUCAAGCUGAUGUUUUCAAGGACAAGAGUCACGUGAUGUAUGAAGGCAAACACAUACACUUCUCAGAGGUGGACAAUAAGCCGCUGUGCUCGUACAGUCCGAAGCUGUGCAAGCAGCGCAGGCUCAAUGGGUACGCGUUCUGCAUCCGACACGUUCUGGAGGACAAGACGGCUCCUUUCAAGCAGUGUGAAUAUGUGGCAAAAUACAACAGUCAGCGAUGCACCAACCCCAUCCCAAAGUCUGAGGAUCGCAGAUACUGCAACAGCCACCUGCAGGUCCUCGGUUUUAUCCCGAAGAAGGAGCGCAAGAAGAAGCACGAUGCUUUAGAGGAAAUGCGUCCUCGGGCUCACCUGGAGUCAGUGGCUCUCAACAUAACGGUGCCCUCUUUAGCUCUGAGAGCCACUAACGGCAUAGAUGAACUGCCCCCAUCUCCGCCCUGCUCGCGCCUGUUACCCCUCGCUGACGGCGAACUCCUGGACCCUUUUGCCUUUUACGAAGACGAAACGGAUGGAGAGGAGGUGGGCACCCCUCGGAAGGUGAGCAGCAUCAAGAAGAAGCUACAGAGUCGGCUGGCCCUCAACCAGAAACUCUCCCAAGACGCGGAACUCUUCCAGCCAACUCCUGAGCACUUUACGGCGUCGCCAGUUCCGCGCCUUCACCCCUCCUCGCCGCUCAACGCCCAUCUAUCGCGGCCGACGCAAGGCCUCCUCCAUCCGCCUCAGCAGCCCGGCGUGACGUCCUUCCCCUUCCCAGGGCAGCAGCAGGGUUUAUUAUGCAAUCCACUACCACCUCAGACAGUCAACUUUCUGCCUCCAGGGAUGCCUGCAAACGCAUUGCCCAAUUCAGGGCAACAUUCUGGACCGUCGCUCAGCAGAAAAAUGCCUUUUGCUGCUACUCAACCGCCUGUCUGCUGCAAGGAUGCUGGCAGUAACAAUCAGAGGCACGUGGUCGUCAUGCACCCCACCGCCUUCACGCCAUCUCCCGACUGCCUCGUCAGGUUGCAACACCUGGUGCAGCUCUGUGCCAAGAGACAGCAGGAGCAUGGAGACCUCUUCUCUCAUCUAGGUUUGGACUGGUCAGAAGACAGUGCCGAUGACGACGAUGACAAAGAGGAGGAUGCAGAGAGGGUUACUCCAUUUCAGAAUUCGUGGAGACCAGAGAACGGGCUGGAAGUCGACGGUGGUUCUUCGCGGAGAGCACGUCUACUUCGGCUUUGCUCUUACCUUCGGGAGAAGUACAAGCACAUGUGCCGACAGGAGAGGGCGAGCAUCCGCCAGAAGAGGUACCGCUACGCCUUUCGGAAAGCCUUGCUGCAUGCCGCCAGCAACAACCCUGACUGCGCGGGGCAGCUGAUCCAGGAGCUGGGUGGAAACUCUCACAGCAGUUCAUGUGCGCCUCCAGCAAGGCCACAGAGCACACAAGCAGUGACCUGCACGGGUUCCACCAAGGGCCAGAGCUGCAGCAACAGAGCUCUGCCCUUCACUCAACACUGUUUUCAUCACAUACUGUUGAAUCGUUCUCAGCAGCUCUUUGCUAGUUGCACAGCCAAAUUUGCAGACGGUCAACAGUGCUCCAUCCCUGUGUUUGACAUUACGCACCAGACGCCUCUCUGCGAAGAGCAUGCCAAAAAGAUGGAUAAUUUUCUACGUGGGGACGGAAACCGGAGAGUGCAGCACCAGCAGCAGCAGCAGCGAAAGCCACGAAAAAAGACCAAACCGCCAGCGCUCACCAAAAAACACAAGAAGAAAAGGAGGAGAGGACCGCGGAGGCCGCAGAAGCCCAUCCCGCCCGCGCUGCCGCAGGGCAACCUGGGAAUGCCCUUAACGAGCCUUGUGAUGCCCUCGCAGGCUGCCAUUAGGAGCCCUUCGACUCCAGACCUGAGCACCGACGAGCUUCCUGAUGACAUCACCAACGACAUGGCAGACAUUCCAAAUGACCUCGAGUUGAACCAGGAGUUAAACGAUUUCGCCGACGUGUUACCAAGGCUACCUGACGACCUGCAGGAUUUCGACCUGUUUGAAGUAAAGAAUGGCGAGCUGCUGCCCACCACGGAGGAGGCCGAGGAGCUGGUCCGUGCGCUGCAGGCGAUGGGGUCUUACCCCGAGUCGUUGGUGUGCCUGACGUCCAUGGGGGAGCUGGCAGCAGGCGAGGCGGUGGACCACCGGGCCAUGGCCAUGUUCCCCGGACCGGUGCAGCCGGGCGGCAUGGGGGACCUGCUCAACACCCGCAUCCCUGCUGAAAACUUCACCAGCCUGGAGCUGGAGGACAACCUGCUGCAGACCACCGGGGACCACUUCUCGCCGUCCCAGCCGACCAACCAGCCCCCUCCGUCGUGCUCCGGCCUUACAUCCUCUUCCUCUGUGGCAGCGGCCACCACCAGCAUCGCCCUGCUCACGCAGACCUCCUUAACAGAGCGAACGUUUUCUCGAACACACACGUCCCACAUCCUGGCCAAACCGGAGGUCUCGGCGUCGUCCCCGCAAGGCAGCCACUACAGCAGUGAGCAUGUGCCGUCCCCGUACAGCGACCACAUAUCUUCCCCUCACACCACCUCCUUCCAGACGGACACCCCCCUCCUGCUGGAGGUUCCUAUAGGAGGCGUUCCGGGGACGCCUCGCUCGACGUGGAACAACCUGCCCCUCCCUCUCGCCGACCCCGCGCAGUUCGGCAGUCUCAUCAGGUCAGAGAGUCAUCUCAUCACCACCUCGCUGUCCACGCCACCCGCCACUACUCACUCAGUAACGCUGCAGCCCAUGGCGGCUCUGUCGGCCAUGCCUCAGGGCGCCGUGACGGGGUUAACAGCUCCCCCCAUCUCCUCGUCAUCCUCCUCUUCCUCCUCCUCACACGAUCACCUGUUGACCCCCACACAGCCCAAGCAACAGCUCCCUCAGUUCAGCGCGGCCUUCGGCCAUCAACUGGCCUCCCACAGCGGCAUCCCGAAAGACGUGCAGCCCAGUCACAGCUCCACGGCGCCCCCUGCCGGCUUCUCGCUAGUUAGUGCCACCACUGCAAGUGCCAACAGCGCCACGCCACCCUUCACGCAAAGUAAAUGAUCGGCAGCGGCCGCGCGGACUCAACGCCGACCGGCUUCCGAUUAACCCGUUUCAUUUGCUUUAUGUGUGCAAUGUGGUUCUAGUGCACUAUUUGGUAAUGAAUUUGCACAAUCUCAGAUUUUCUGUUUUUCUUUUCUUUUUUUUUUCUUCCUUCCUGUAGCCGGAUGGUUUUCAGAUUUUAAGUAGCUGUGAGUCCAUUUUGUCAGUGGGGGGGGCUGUGGUUAGAUUAUGUGAUGAAUUAAUGGACAUUACAAAGAUUAUUUAUACCAGUGCUCAGAAGUCCCAGAUGCCGCUCUGUUUGCUUCGCCCGGUUUUCUUAAAAACGAUCAAACGCACCUGCCUUUCUCAGAUGGCCAUUUGCAUCCCCCCACCCCUCUGUUUUAUACACUCUGGUUUCAAGAAGAGAGUACUCAUUGUGACGUUUUUGUAACCCAUUAUGUUUCAAGCUAUUUAACUGUCUUCAUAAUAUUGAGUCAGUCAGAUUUUAUAGUCACCAAAAUACUUUUAAACAGCUGUUUUUAUAUGGUAUAUAUUAUAUGUGCUCAUUUGUUGGCUUGCCCGGAUGUGGAACAGUCUUUGACCUCACCGUAGGUUGUGGCACUGUGAGUGGUUAGUAGACACUUGAAGGUAAUAGUUUCUUAAAGCAAUAAAAACACAUUACCAUCACUCACAGGAUUGUGAGGUAUUCUUACUGGUGUCACUGCUUGUAGCUCCGCUCCCUGAAACCAGCCGGAUCAGGUUUUAUUUGGCGUCGGCGGCUCAGAAACUCCAGAUUUUUUUUACGACCGUUUUUACUCAGGCCAUCUCUUUUAUUUCUCCAGAGUUAACUCUCAAGGCGACGGUGGAUGAUGGUGGCGGUGGUAACUGCAGGGGCUUUUAAGUGUCUACUCUCAAAAGGUGCUCCCUGAUCCACAUCUACAUUGGUCUUCACUGGCUUGGAAAAGCGGGAAAUCUCAUUCGCAGAUUGAAGACGCAGUACAGUGCUUUGCAGAGAUUAUCAUAACUUAUGAGCAACUUUUUCACAUUUUGUCAUGUUUCAACCGCUAACUUGCAUGUAUUUUGUAGGAUAUUAGGAGAUUCUCAGAUUGUGCUGAACUUUAAGUAGGCCAUUCUGGCACGGGAUUAUGCGUUGAUCUAAACUUCUAAACUCUUCCAUUGUAGCUCUGACUGCAUUUUUGCUCUUAAAUCCUCUAUCGUUUUGAGAGGUCAUGGUCAUUAACUCUACUGGCGAUCACAACGCUUGAUGCUGCCGUCACCGUGUUUCAUGGUGGUGAAGAUGUGUAUGUUUGCUGCCAUACUUGCAUCUUGGUCUCACCUGACCAGAGCUCCUUCGUCCACAUUGUUGCUAUGUCCCCUACAUGGGUUGUGGCAACCUACAAACAGGACUUCAGUGGCUUUCUUCUUGCCAGGCUUUCGUCAACAUCAUACUUGUGGAGUUCAUUUGUAAUAGUUGGACCUGAUCCUUCCACCUGAGCUGUGGAUGUCUGCAGCUCCUCCAGAGUUACCAUGGUCCUCUUGGCUGCUUAACGCUCUCCCUUCCCACCCUGCUUGUUCAGGGGGACAGCCAUGUUUUGGUAGGUUUGCAGCUUUCCGAGUUCCUGCCGAGUCUGGAAACAUUUGGAAUUUGAUUAUAUCAAUUACUAAACCUGGAGAUACACGGAAAAUAUUUCCAAAUGUUAUUCCUCAUUCCAUCAUGUUACAUAUAAAAAUAUGCAUUUCUCUUAAAAUCUUUUAAUUUCAAUUUAUUUUGACAUUUUAAUCUACCUUCAUUAAAUAUAUAUAUAUAUAUUUUUACAAAUGUCCAUGUCACUUUUUUUGCCUUUAGAUCACCUUAGAACUGGACCAACGUUGAUGAAACUGCGUCCGUUUUAGAUAUUGAUGCGUUUUAAAGAUUACAGCUUCAUUGUAGCGUAAAUUCAGUCCAAGUGAUGCAGAUGUUGAAUCAGAGCUGAUCUCCGUUUACCCAAAUGCACAAAAAAGAUGCAAAAUAGCCUUUUAGCACCUUCCCACCAAGGCAGCUCAGUUUUGAAAGCAACUAUAAACCUGAAUAUUUUUUGAUUCAUUAUAAAAUCGUCACUAUUAAAACCAUUGCUUGAGUUUUGAAGCUAUCUUCUACACUUAAACAAUAAACUUUCUUGCCUGCAUACACAUAUCAAUGAACCAGCUACAUUAUGAUAUCUAUUCUAAAUUACAGCUGUUUCUAUUGAACAAAUGUUCCCAUGUUCAGUGCAGCUACUAAAAUAUUUGGCAAAAUAUAGUCCAGAAAUUUGCAUCUACUUUCAUCAUUAGUUGCUCAUAAAUCAGGAGCCGCGCAUAAAUUGCCGCGUUUUGUUGCAUUCAGUAACUCUUGCAUAUCAUCGGUUCUUCAUCUUUGUCUGCAUCUUUGAAACCCAACUGUUUCCACACAAGUCAACCGAGGUUCCUUGGAUUCCCCUGCAGUCCUGGUCAUUUCUUGCCCGACUUUUUCCAGGAAUGAAAGGGUUCCGUCCAAAACCGGAUGUUUGGUAUGAGCCAUGCACCAACCCGUACUCACGCUUUGAACGUCUCACAGCUCCUCUCAUCUGCCAUCUUUACUUGAGUUCACUUUUCAAAGCAAGAUUACACCAGAUGUCUAAUCUCUCUUUUUUUUAAUGAAGAUAAUUAGUGUUUUUGCAAUGGUUUGGAGCCAAAAUCAAGCUGAACAUAAAUGUUUUUUAAUAACCCAGCCCUUUAACAUUUAGAUGAUUAAACCAAGUUCUGAACAGAAUUAUUUUUGUACCUACAUUUCCAGAAUUUAUCCUAAAACCCAUAAGAUAGUUACAAUGAGUUUUAUUUAGGGGUGUUAGGAUGAUGGGGGCAUAAUAAAAACACAUGCCACAUUUUAAAAAUACAAAUGCAUAAAAAAAAAAAAAUCAUGAAAAUUAUGCAUGGUUUUCCUUCCGCUUGAUAAUUAUACACUACCUUGUGCUGGUCAAUCCCAAUAAAACACUGAAACUUGCGGUUUCAACAUGACAAUCUGGGAAAGAGUUCGGAGGGUGUGAAUACUUUUGCAUGGCACUGAAUACCUUUAUGUGAGUGGUGUAAUUUGCACGUCUGAAGUAAAGCUGAAUAAAGUGAUUUUUAAGCUAUAGGAUGCAAAGCUGGGGGUCUGGUGUUAGUUUUUUAUUUAUUUUUUAUUUUUUGCAAACAAAAGCCUCCCCACACCUCUUCCCCUAACCUACCCAAUAGUGUAACUUUUGCUUUUGAUAGAUUUAUACAUAUAUACAAUAGCAACUGACAAAUUGUUGAAAACUUGGUAUAUAGCAUAGAAGUCUCUAACUUGGGGUUUGUUGGUGAACUCUUCAGUAGCAAUGGGUUGAAGUUAUUUGCAAUGUAUUCAGUGGCGACUGCACGUUGUGGAGUGAGUCUUGUUUUUAAUAGCUAUCAAAUGGCUAAAUGAUGGAAGGGGGAUCAACGCGUGCGCGCUGUCGUGUUUUUGAUAGCUAUUAAACAUCAGGUCGCGCGGGGGUGAGGCGGUAGUUACCUACUGGACUCAUGUCGGGUCACAUGCGUCACUGCUUCUUAUGUAGACUUGCACAGGAAUGGUAGAAGCUGGUGUUUUCUUUACCCUCCCCUUUUAUUUUUGCCUUCAUCUUUUAUGACAUAAUUACCAGAUCCUCCCCACCCCCACCUGUUUCCAGCUGUGAGAUAGCCCAGAUCUUUUCUCUCCCUUUUCCAGAGAACCCUCCCAUCCAGAGAUGCAGAGGCUUCUCUCUCUCUCUGGUAUUACCACGUU